AAAAAGUCAGAGUGCAUAAAUCCCAUGCCUUGUCCAUUUCGAAGGUGUAUAUACACAUCUGCUCUAUAAAUAAUAACAAGUAAAAGAUUUUCUGUGUCACGGAGUUGCUGGCAGCGGAACACGAUCAUGGGAGGGCAAGCAAAGGCCAAAAAGAAAGGCAAACCUAAAAGAAAAGAGAACCGUAGAGGUCCUGAGAAUGCAGCACUGUCGCCACAGGACAGGAUGAAAGCCAGGAUGCAGGAAAGAGCCAAAAAGAAGACGGCUGAAAAAUACUCCAUCGAUCAGUUACUGGAAAAGACAGAAGACUGUAUGGACAACUUUGACUUCCCAAUGGCUAAGAUGUUCUGCCAGCGUGCUCUGGACAUCGAGCCUACCAAUUUGACCAUUCUGGACAUGCUCGGAAACAUCUGUGCUGAGCUUGGGGAUAUGGAUAAAGCCAAACAAGUAUUUCUGAAAGCGGUGGAAUUGAGCCCAGAGGAAGGUCACAGCAAAUACAUGUACCUGGGUCAGAUUCACACAGGCGCCGAGGCUGUGCAGUACUUCAGCAAAGGCAUUGAAGUCAUGCUCAAAGCCAUGGACAAGCAAGCAGAAGAGGUUAGCAGUAUGGGAGCUGCUUCUUUACCAGCGGAGUCUCCCAUUACCGCAAAGGACGUAUCUGUGGCCUUCUGUUCCAUUGCCGAGAUCUUUUUCACUGACCUUUGUAUGGAGGAGGGAGCAGCCGAGCGAUGUAAGGAGGCUAUUGAGAAAGCGCUGCACUAUGACCAGAACAACCCUGAAGCUCUGCAGUUAAUGGCAAGCUACCUUUUCAGCAUCGAGAAACCUGAGGAGGGCCGUGACUACCUGAUAAAGAGUGUGUCGUCAUGGUUACCGAGUCGCCAGAAGGAGGAAGAGUCUUCAGCAAGCUUGGAGCAAGCUGAUGAGGAUGAGGAGGAAGGAGUGCAGAGUAAUAUCCCACCGUACGAGUCCCGAAUUACAACAGCCAAACUGCUGAUAGAAGUUGAGGAGUUUGAGGUGGCCACAGACGUGUUGGAGGGUCUGUUAGAGGAGGACGAUGAGGUUGUACAGGUGUGGUAUUUGUUAGGAUGGCUGUAUUUUCUCCAACUGGACAAGCCCAGUGCUGCAGAAGACUCGGAAAGCUUGAAAAAGUCAGCCAGGAUCUACCUUACCAAAGCAAAAAAGCUCUACAUGAAGCUACAGUGUGACGAUGCUCCCAUGUUGGAGCACACGGAGCAGCUCUUAGGCGAACUUGGAGGAGAACUGGUCGCUGAUGAUGAUGCGGAUGAAGCUGGACCUUCUGUUGAUGACAUCGGAGAUGACUUCGUUCAGAGCAGCGAGGAUGAGGAAGAUGCUGAUGAUGAUGCCAUGGAGCACUGAAUAACACCGAAUCUUUCAUUCGUUCUUCUGUUCCUUUCCGACUUUGUACUCUGUUGUGACUUGUUCAAUCAGUUCGUCACUUUGUCUUUAAAGUUAAGAAUGGCUGUGUGUUUAUCCAAGUUUUAGAAUAAUAAAGGUGCCAUCUUUUGCCAUUUCUUACCAUGUGGUGACUAUAAUAAUCAUUUUGUAAUCAUAAUUAUACAUAUUUUCAUGGUGGGCCGUAGGUAUUGAGUCAGAAAUGGCGUACGUGAUUAAAAAAUGGCUUUUUCAAUCAAA